GAUUGAAUAUUUCGAUGGACAAUUUUUAUAAGAUUCCUUUAUAUCUACUGAAAAUACGUCCAUGCAUUGUCAUACCUCACUGUAGUGGACGUUAUUUACCUUCUGGUACACUUUAUCGUCCACACCAUGAGCGUUUCGAUGAAAACUGUGAGCGAAGACCUCUACCGCAUCCGGAAACUCCACGAUUUCAAGAGGUCGCCUUGACAGAUCCGAGAAAAAAGGCGAAAAUUGCAGGAAAGAGACCAUUCCAUAUGAUUUGUGAACCUAAUGAAGUGUACUGGUGGUGUUCUUGUGGCCAUAGUAAACGUCAACCAUUCUGUGAUGGGCAUCACAUCCGUAUAUUGGGAGCGAACCCAGCUUUUAAAAUCAACAAGCCAGAGUUCAAACCAAUUCGUUUAGUUUAUAAACAACGAAGCGAAGUAUGGUUCUGUACUUGUAAGCGUACUUCAGAACCGCCGUAUUGUGAUGGAAGUCAUAACUGUGAAGAAGUACAAUUUCAAAUAAAACAAUGAAUAGCACUUGUCUCAAUAAUCUUCAAUUAGUCUUCAAAAAUAAAAGCCAACGUAUGUACAGUCUUAUAUAAAUGCUUUUCAAAUACAGAAAAUAGCACGCCUCCACUGUCUUUUCUUCAAAUGUAAUUACGCCACUGAAGAGUCCCAAACUAGGACGAAAAAGCUGUCUAAUACUCUCAGGUUUUCCAAUGGUUCUCUAACCAAUGUCAGCUCAUGAUGAAAAUCCUGUAACCAAUCUCUCUGUCUGUUUUCUUGAUUGUAUGGGAGAGACUGUUAUAUGUUGAAUACUCAACGUAGGUAGUAUUGAACUGCUUGAUACCCUACCAACUGUACUACAAGACCCAGUCAUUAAUGAGGUCCUAGCUUAUAAAUUUCUUCAUUAUGAUACCACUCACUGAUCCAAAUUAUUUGAUUAAAAUGCAAGCGGUAGCCAACU